CUUCAGGAUGUGCUGAUUCACUGGGACAGGUCUCUGCUCAUUGUAACCAUGUGAAUGAGUAAAGGCUUCCCUUGCCAAAGCCUCUCCUGUUGGUGUCAGAGGCACAGAGUGUGUGCCCUUAUCUCUGAUACAUGGCUCUGACAUCCAAGAAAACACUGAAUUUCAUAUAACACCAUGGAAACAACUGUUAAAUGGAAAAACUAGGGGUGUGAGUGUGUAAGAGUUUUCUUAAGUCACUAGGUAAAAAAGUUAAAGGUUUAAACUAGUUAGAAAACAAAAGACAAGAUGGAGGAUUUAGGGUGUUGUCUUUUCUUCUUUUCUUCUUCCAGAGGUUUUUGGGUAGUAAUGAGUGAUUGAAUAGAAAAUGCCACAGUGCAGUUCACAGGUGUUGGGUCAUUGGGUUAUUAAGAAAAAUAAUUAACUUGGCAUUUGUUAAUUGGGUAAAUGGACAUAUAAAAAACCUUGCAGAAGUUCUUUGUUGGCCAAUUUGCACCUUUCUAUCUUAAUGCAUGUAGCUCCUUGUGCCUUGUAUAUAUGUAAUAUAGAUUAGAGAAGAAUAAACAACCAAGUCUGAAGAGAAAACUGCCUCUCUCUCAUCAAACUCAGUCCAAGCGGGGAAAGAACCCAGCCACAAGUGUCCCAUCAUCUCCCUCCUGGUGGAGGUGCAGGUGAGCCUGGCUGGGCAGUGCUAGGAUAGCUGGGAGGUGCUGUGACAGUGUGGCAGCUCAGGUGUCCGUGUGUCCACGUGUGCCUGGGGCUGGCAGAACAUCUGCUGCAUUCUGAUCCAUAACUCCCACACUAGACCAAGCUGUGAGCUCUGAGAAAGGCAUGUGAAGGUUGAGCUGUGUCUUGAGUAGCUGAGUGGUCAAGAGACUUCCUUGAGGACUAACAAAAACCAGCAUUUGUGAAGGUUAAUAGCAUUAGAGCCCAAUGCUGACUGACUUAGUGCUCGUGCUGUACUACUGUUUAACUUGGUAUGCAGUGGGUAAAAACACUUAGACAAGCUUGAGCUGCUUGCAUUGUACAAUUGCAAUGUGAAUUGGGUUGUGGGUGUGAGUGCAUGGAUGAAAGGUUCUUGACAGAUGGCAGAAAGGCUGAGACUGAAUGUCACAGGAGCAUCAAGAGCUUGCCAUGAUUAGGAGUUAAAAUAACUGGAUAUAAUGAACCAUGACUGACCAGCUGGUGCAGACAAGAGCUGUGGGAGGAGUCUUGGUACAUAUCAUGUGAAAGUGCCAGGAGAGUAACUGGAAGUGCUGGAAAGCUCUGUGGUGAAAGUGUGGACUGCUCUGGCUGCCAGGCUGUGCUGACAUUGAUAUUUACAAGCCCUCAGUAAAACAGACUGUGAGGAAACAUGACUACACCCAUGCAGAUACCCAAAAUGAUGAGGACACGAGGUGUAAGAGCAUGUGUCAGUGCUGAGCCACUGCCCAGAGCCUGACAGAUCAGAGUUGAGUGCUCUUUUCCCCCAGGUGAGGCCACACUGACUCACUGCAGUACUUUAUGAGGGGCACACACUAAUACACAUUGUGAAUAUUUCCAGGUAUGGUUCUCCUGUUGCUUUAUCAUCCAGAGCUCAUACCAAGACUCCUUCAGUGCAUGUCACAUCCUCUCUGCCAGGCUUUUCCUUCACUGAUGCACUUGGUGAAUCCAGUUUAGCACUAUCACCUUGUCUGGUGUUGCCUUACCCCAUGACAUAUGCAAACAGAACUUGGCCUUUGUAAGUGAUUAAAAAGAAAGGAGAUUUUGUUCUCAAAUGAGGUGUGAACAAAACUUGUGCUUUUGGUUAUGACCAAAUGGACCUCAGAUACAUUACAGCAAAUGCAAACCUGCCCAAAAUCCUUUCCAAAAGACAGAGGUAUCUCUAAGUCAAGAAACCAUUGGGGAAAAACCCCUGAACUAGGAUGGCAGCAGGCCUCUCAUGCUUGGUUUUAAUACUGUGCUCCUAAUAUCACAAUCUUUCCACUGAUUUCACUGUCCCUCAAGCCAAACCCCAAGAGUCUGAGCAUGCUCAGAGCAGACUUACAGAGGAGGAAUCCAGCAGGGAAAAAAAAAGUAAAAGGCAAACACUACGUUACGUAACUAUUUUGUGAUGUUGACUGAAACAUCACAUCCUGCUGGGGAUGGCUGAUGGUGCUGACAAAAAACAGGAUUACAGAGACAAGCUAUUGUCUACUCUCAGUCUGCAGCUGGGCAAGUAAAAGCUGCGGUGAUGGCUGCCAUCGAUGCCGGGUACCGCCACUUCGACUGUGCCUACGUGUACCUGAAUGAGAAUGAAAUUGGGGAAGGGAUCCAGCAGAAAAUCAAGGAAGGUGUUGUGAAAAGAGAAGACCUCUUCAUAGUCAGCAAGCUGUGGUCCACUUUUCAUGAGAAGCCUCUGGUGAAGAAAGCCUGCCAGAAGACUCUUGCUGACCUGAAAUUGGAUUAUCUGGAUCUCUACCUCAUGCACUGGCCUCUUGGCUUCAAGGCAGGAGAGGAGCUGUUUCCUGCAGAUGACAAAGGCAUGGCUAUUCCAAGCAACACAGAUUUUCUAGAUACAUGGGAGGCCAUGGAAGAGCUGGUGGAUGCUGGUCUGGUAAAAGCCAUUGGUGUCUCCAACUUCAACCAUGAGCAGAUUGAAAGAAUCUUGAACAAGCCAGGACUGAAGCACAAGCCUGCAAAUGUCCAGAUUGAAUGCAAUCCAUACCUUACCCAGGAGAAGCUGGUGAACUAUUGCCAAUCCCAAGGGAUUGCUGUGACAGCCUACAGCCCCCUUGGCUCUCCUGACAGACCAUGGGCUAAGCCAGAGGAUCCUUCCCUUCUGGAUGACCCCAAGAUCAAGGAAAUUGCAGCCAAGCACAACAAAUCCACAGCCCAGGUUCUCCUUCGCUUCCAGAUCCAGAGAAAUGUGAUUGUGAUUCCCAAAUCAGUCACCCCACAGCGCAUUGUGGAGAACUUCCAGGUGUUUGACUUCAAAUUGACUGAAGAGGAGAUGGCAACUAUUUUCAGCUUUAACAGAAACUGGAGAGUCUAUACAAUGAGCAUGGGCAAAACUCACAAGGACUACCCCUUCAAUGCAGAAUACUGAAGAUAUUCAUAUUGUGCCCUCAUUCAGAGCUUGGUCUGAUAUUCUUCCUAUCAAUUUAUCUUUCUUAUUGCUUUUCUCCUCCUGCAGCCAGUGAAGUCACAGCAUAUGUAUUCAGUGUUCAUCUCUUGUUUAUUCUUUCUGAAAAGAUACAGUAAAAUUGUUCCAAAAGAAUAAAAUGGGGGCUGUAAUCAUUUUCUGUCCAAAUGUGGAUGGAGUAAUCCACAUUUAGUGAGGGAGAGACUUUGAACUACACAUUCACCUUUUUAAUUUAUCUUGCUUCAACACAAGAGGAUAGUUGGAGUUAUGAGAGAAAAAUCUGAGAAAUGUGAACUAAAGGCCAGCAGUUUUAUCACUCCAGAAGUAACUGAGAAAGCAGCUUUUCCUACCUAGGAAAAACUUUCCCUUAGGAAAAAAACCAAACUCCAUAAGCAGAAAACACACAGGGGUGUGGUCGGCAGUAUUUUCAGCCAGGUUUUCUCCUGAGUGUGUGGAUUUUCCCUGGGACAGGGCACAUUUCUCAUUCCCCUGCGGGCAGCAGAGGGCAGCCAUCGCUCAGCCUGUCCCCAUCCCUGAUGUCACACAGCCCGGGG